CACCUUCCGCUGCCGCGUCCGCGUGAACAUCCACUCAAUAUUUGACACAUACUGUUUCCAAACUAAAGGAUAUUACCUCAAUGGCUGCAGAGGCAGGCGUAGUUGCAAAUGCAGCUGAAGGUUCGGGAUCUUGGACCUCAAGCUCUGGCCAGACGAAGUUCUCCAUAUACCCCACUCCCAUACCCGAAGUUAUGCUACUCGACACCCCGUCGGCAUUAGAGAAGCGAAUUGGGAUGGUGCGGCGGGAGAUCACGGGUUACUAUACCGGCGUCCACUCCAAAACGCAGGAUAUUAUAGACCGGUGGAUCUCUGUUGAAGAGAAGGUGGAAACUCGCAUAAAAUCCUUCCGUGAUCCUACAGAGCCCUUAAAUCCCGGACUGCUCUAUACCGGAAUUUCUGCCCUGACGACGUCUGUCCUCACUCGCUCGCGCGCACUCCCUACACGUAUCUUUCUUCCUCCCAUAGCCCUAGUUGGCGCAUUUAUGUAUUUCCUUCCGGGUACCACUUCUCGGGUCGGUGCGUAUACCGGGGAGCUCGAAGAUCGUUAUGUCCCUCGCUUUCGAGAAAUCAGAAGAACCUCUGUCGCACACAGUGGCAUAGCCUGGGAGCGCGCGAAAGAAAGUGCUGCUGCUGGACGAGAGUCGGUUAAUAAAGGUGUGAAGAGCAUUGUGGGGAGCAUCGAACAGGGGACAGGGCUUAACCUAAAAGCUAUGGGAUGGGCACAGGAAGUGAAGAAGGAGGCGCAGAGUGUUGCUGAUGUAGUUCAAAAGGAUAUCAAGGAGGCUAUCGAGAGCAAGAGCUCGAGUGGCGACUCGGAAGACUCCAAGAGAUUGGUAUAGAGUGCGAGAGUGUCCACUUAGAGACUAACGUUUCGUGACGCUGGAAUAUUAUAUGUGGUACUCCCAUCUUCAAAAAGUGUUAUGAGAUGACUGACGGGACUAAGUACAUGCGAGUCUAUCAUUCAUCCUGCACAAAUGUAAUAAUGGCAUUGGUAACUACUAGCUAGGUAGAACAUCACGUUGUCACAGAGAGCGUUCAAGAUACCAAAUUCCCACGUUCCGCUGAAAUGCCUCACUAAUAAGAG